ACUGGGGAAACUAACAUGUGGGUGUGUGUUUCUGGAGGUACGUUUGACCAGUUUGGACGAAAGGGACGGUCUGAACAAUUUACUAGAACCAAUUUCGAAUGAAUGCCUAUUUUCAUCCUUUAUAACAUUCCCUAAUUGCCCAACGUUGGAACGUUAUUGGCUGACAAGGCAUAAAAGGAAAUGUUUGUGAAUUAGACUUACUGAAGAAUAUGUCCGGAAUUUCAAUUAAGGCUCGGUAUUGGAACAUGCCUUUGUCUGAGAUAUUUCGAUAUUCGUAAGUCUUCAUAACAGGGACCCAUGGGCGACUGUAGAAUUACGUUUACUGUUACAUCAUCACAAAUGUCUUGUGACUUCGACGCAGGCCUCUUGAAACAUAAUAAAUUAAUGCCUUCUUGUGAUGAACAUAACUUGGCAUGAUUUCUUAGGAGCAGACCUUGUAAUUACAGUUUAGGAGAUGCGAUAGCUCAGUCGGUAGAUCAAUCAAGGGUUUCGUAUUCAGUGACCCGGGCUCGAUUCCCAAUUGCUGCAAUAAAGUGCCCUUUGAUGGUAAGGCAUUUAAUUCCUCAUUACCAGGUCCCUCGGAAAGGACCUUAAGCCGUCAGUUCUCCGGUUACUUGCUUACAAGUUCUUUAAAAAAAAGGUAAAAAUAAGUCACUAUAUUAUACACCAUCACUAACACUGUCACUGAACGAUCAUGUCUCAAUCGAUCAAAGUUAUCAACUCUUGUGACGAUGAGAAGGUUGUUCUGAGAUUGGGAGUGUUGACUGAGAGAUCGAAUGGAUUCAAGCAAUGGCUACUUCAUCAUCUUCGAUCUCGUAACUGUAGUCGGGUGCUGGACGUAGCGUGUGGAACAGGAGGGGAUUCUCUUUUUCUUUUGAAGCACGGUUUCCAAGUCGUCAGCUCAGACAGCGCUGAGGCGAUGCUACGCCAGGCAAGGCAUGCCAGGAAAUCAUAUGAGAGUGAACAGCAACAUGGAACCUGGGAUAUCGAGAAGGCCAAUUGGUUGACCUUGAAGGCGGACCUUGGUGAUUAUGGUGAAUUCGAUGCCGUUCUCUGCAUGGGAAACUCGCUGCUUUGUCUUACCGAUCCGACACCAAACUUCGGUCUCUACCGACGCUGCCUUGAGAAUUUCAAAUCGAUGCUCAAACCAGGAGGUGUACUUUUAUUGGACCAUCGGAAUAUUGACGUCAUCAUGGACCUCGGCGAUCCUAUCAACAAGAACGUUUACUUCAGGGAAGACAACAUUAAGAGAAUUUCUUCAGCGAUUGUGCACUCACAUGGUCAAGCAGACGUGGUCAAUUUUACCUUCGAUAUGCUUGUUAAUAGUCACACUAGUGAAGACGUAGAAAAGAUCACAAAUGACCUCGAUAUGUCUCCAGGAAAUAACAACGAGGUAGACAUUGAAAAAGUUUCUGUGCCACUACAAGCAAUUCGAGCUCAGCAACUUGCUACCUUGCUUGCUGAAGUAUUUGGAGAGAAUUGCGAGCGGGCCCUCUACGGUGAUUUCAAGUCAGCUUUCACAAUUUCCGACACGGCAUAUUUCCAACAUGUAAUUACAAAAAAGAAGUGAUCAAUUCGUACAAGAAAAUGGAUCCAACUGUGCUGCACUCGUCCUUUCUGAUGCACAUGGGUACCCGGUAGGAUUGAGUCCUUGAAUGCACUGAGCGCCACUGAUAGAAUGGUGCAUCGCUCGAGCCAAGGAAGGGGUCAUCAUAGUUGCGCUUUGCAUCCUUUGGCCAAAGGGGGGCCAAAGGGCAAUAUAAAUUAUCCAGCUAUUUUUCAUCAUUGUUACAAUAUAAGUUUGACAUAUUUAUUUACCAAUUUAUUUAUGUAUUUUUUUAUUAACUCAUCUAGUCAACUUACAUUUCUAUCAUUUAGCUUACCUAUCAUAUUUCCGGGGAGGGGGGUCUCCCUUAUGGGAAAUAACACACGCACCCCCCCCCCCCCCCCGAGCACGAAUGCUUCCCCUUGGCCAUUAUAGGUCCCUUUGGAAUUUCGUUCCCCACUGCUUGUCAGACAUUGAGAGAUACAGUAGAAAAAAAACUGACCAACUUUUUGAGAGAUUACUAAUUUAUAUAAGUUAGUGUUUUUCAAGGUUAUUUAAGUAUAUAUACCUAUCAUUAUUUUUGGAUUUAGUGACAUCAUGCGUCCCAAUAAAGUAAGGAAGACUUAUGUUAUAUAUAAUAUAAUUUCCUUAUUGUACCUGUAGGCGUAUCCCGCCACGUGCUUUUUUUUUAUUAGGGACUUACACCUUCGUCUGUAAACAUAGACUGUAAUUAUAAAUAUAUAUUUAUGACAAAUUGAUUUUGUAUGCGUUCAUGGUAUGAAAUAUUAAAUGGAUGCUCCGGGCUGAAAAAUACCUAUAUCUAAAUACAUAGAGUAAAAUUCACAAAGCGAAAUGCUGAACAUUUUCAUCAAAAUCGGACAACAAAUAACGAAAUUAUUGAAUUUUUAAAGUUUAGCAAUAUUUUGUGAAAAUAGUUAUAUGCACGUCAUCAUGAAUAUUCAUUAGGUGGGCUGAUGAUGUCACAUCACCCUCUUUCCUUUUUCUUAUGUUAUAACUUGAAAUUAAAUAUAUUUUUUUCAUACAUGUGUGAAUAAUGUGUCUCCUUUAUAAUAAAAAUAAGUUGCAGCAAUGGAUAUCGAAUGCACACAAUCAGUUCUCAAUCCAUUUUUGUUAAGUUCUUGGUAGAAAAAAGAACAAACCUUAUUUCAUAUAAUAAAAUACAUAAAGAAGAAGUGGGGAUAUGAUAUCUUCAAGGUGCUCGUUGAAUAUUCAUGAAGACAUGCCUAGAACUGUCACACCGGAAUAAUGCAAAUCUUUAAAAUGCCACAACUUUGUUAUUCCUAGUCCGACUUUGAUUAAAUUUUCAGUGUUUUGUUUGUCUGAUUUUUCUUUAUCUGUUUAAAUCAUUAUUUUCAGCCCGGAACAUCCCUUUAACAUAUUUGUAAAAUUGAAGAAAUAAAUGUUGUAUAAAUGAAUGAGUAACUAGUAUAGACGAAAACAGAUCGAAAUACAUAUUUCUAAUUUAAUUGAAAAUAAUAUACAGGAAACCCACAUCGUGAGUUAUGAUCAGCCCCAGUUAUGAUUAUAGUUUUAUUAUUGAAAUAUCAAGAUUUCGGAGUAUUUUCAUUUCAUGUCUAUUUCGAACAAUAAAUUAUGGAUUUAUCAUUUAUUAUUAUUAUCAUUUAUUUAUCAUUACUUUUAAACCAUUAAUUUGGUUCCAGACAUUGAGGUUAUGUACCUCCACGAGUGGCCGGAGACUCGCUUUACAUAAGAGGACUGUCAUUAUACAAAAUCAGAAAUAAAAUGGUAUCAUUAUUUUGAAACUUA